GAACGUCUGCUUUUACCGACGGUGACCGCGAUCCCCGGUAACGUUUUUCCGUCUUUUUUUCACCUCAGAGGCACUUUAUUUUGAAGGAUUUUAGCGCCGCUUCACCUUCAUCAUCAUCGAGGAGGAGGGAGAGGAGGGCAGGUUCUCCUGAGCAGACGGGAUCCAGACGGACCGUUUCUGCUCAGAGAGCGCAGCGACCGGAACCGGCUCUGUUCCAUUUCUACGCAGGCGUCCGCCGGAGGGGCGGGGCGCCUUUCUGUUGACGGAAAUACCGAACGGCGGGUAAUCAAACCUCCCGAACCGAGCCUGACGGCGGCCGUUGAGGUACAAAAUUAUUGCUUCCUUUUAAUUCAAUUUUUUUCUUUCGUUUUUCAGAUCUCACACGUAAUACGACGUUAUUGUUCGAACCGGACGAUGACGUAAUACUGCGUUAUUGUCCGGCACGGACGAUGACGUAAUACUACGUUGUUGUUCGACGAGACCUCACACUGUGUCAUGUGACAUCACGCUGUUGCGGCAAAUGGCGUCAUGUGACCUCAGAUUCAUCAGAUGACAGAGUUUGACCUCAUCAGAAAAAUGAAUAUAUAGACCUAAGUUUCAUCUGGUUUACAUCUACGGCACGAGCGGCACAAGUGACAUAAGCGGAACAAGCGGGCAAGAAGCGUUAAAGGAUCUGGAAAGACCAAAGUUCUAGGAAAUAUUUCACAGAUCCAGCAUUUAGACAGGAAAGCCACAAUGUCCUGCAAACAGGAAAACCAGCAGAAAUCAACGGAAACCAGCUCCGUGAUGAAAGCCUUGAGAAAUCUGAGGAAAGGUUUUCAAAGGCAGACGGAGAAAGAGGAAGACUGUGAAGGACGAAGGCCGGCAGUUGCACAGCUGCAGGAUGGAGGGAAGCUUUCUCAGUGUCAGAGGCUGGAGCAGGAAACCGCUGCUCUCCAGGAGAAAAUCGGACCUCUGCGAAUGCUGGUUCUCCAAACACAGGAACCAAAAGAAAACGCUCCUACAGUGAUGGAGAGAAUCAGGCAGUUGGAAGAUCUGAAAAGGGAAUUAGAAACAGAGAUUUCAACUCUAACAGAGAGGCACACGAGUGCAGAGGAGCUGUCUGUUGACUACCAACAGGCCAAGCAUCAGCUGGAUCUGCUCACAGAAGAAACACACAAGCUGCAGAAGACAAAGAAGGAUCUGACAAAGUCUCUCAAAACCCUUGAAGGUCUGGAUUCGGCUUAUCACACCGUGAAGGCAGAAACCCAGAAGAGGGGCAAGACAAACGCAGAUCUGUCACGGCAGGUUCAGAACCUGCAGGAGGAGUUGGAACGCCUGAGCGGAGCAGAGGAACGGCUGGACUCUCUGAAAGCACAGAACGUGGCAGCACAGGAGGAAACCUUCCUUCUUCAGAAGGACACGGCGGCCUUGAGAUGUCAGGUCCUCCAUCUGCAGCAGCUAACCGCAGCGUCAAACCAGGAGGUGAAAAAAUUGGAAAAACGUCUCCAGGAACAAAACAAGCUAACGGAAAACUUCUCCAAGUUGUUGAAGGAAAAAUCGGACUUGGAGAAACUCCAUGAGGAUCUGGAAGGGGAGAUUUCAGAUCUGAAUGUUCAGGAGACAAAUGCAAAAGAGCGACUGGUCCAAUUGAACAAAGCAAAGGAGGAAUCGGAUCUGCUGAAGGAGAAAACAGAGAACCUUCUUCAAACCAAGUCUGCUCUGAUGGAGUCUCUCCAAAACCUGAAGGAUCGGGAAUCUGAAUUGGAAAUAAUCAAAGCAGAAACACAGAAAAUGGAGGAGACAAACUCGGAUCUCUCCCAGGAAGUUGAGAAACUGCAGAAUGAGAUCAGCGUGUUUGACGAUGUGGAGGAAAGACUUGUGGCUGCAAUAGAAGCAAACGAUGAGGCCAAAGCAGAGAACGCCUUUAUUCUGAAGAGAACCAAAGAAUCAAGAGAUCUGAAGCAGAAUUUGGAGCAGAAAACUGCCGCUCUUCUACAGGAGCUUGAGGAGCUGCAGAAACAUCUUCAGGACAAAGACCAGCUCAAGAAGAUGUUUACCGCACUGGUUGAGGAAAGAUGCGAAUUGGAGGAAACGGAGAAGGAUCUCAAGCGGGAAAUCUCAGAUCUGAAGUUUCAGGAGGAAAGGGCACAAGAGCGCCUCAGCAAAUACAACCAAGACAAAGCCGAAGCAGAUCUACUGAAGGAGGAAACAAAGAACCUCCAGAAAACCAAGUCUGCUCUGAUGGAGUCUCUCCAAAACCUGAAGGGUCUGGAUUCUGCAUGUCAAGAAGUCAAAGAAGAAACUGAACAGCUGAACAGAACAAACCUGGAUCUGUCAUUCCAGGUUACAAACCUUCAACAUGAACUCUUAGAUCUAAGUUACACGGAGGAAAAACUGUCGUCUUUGACUAAGAAACAUCGCGCGGCACGACAAAAAAAUGUCGUCCUCCGAGAGAAAGUCGUCAAUUUAAGAGGUGAGAAGGAUCAGGUCCAGCAGAAGAUUGAUGCAACGAGUCAGGAGCUUCGAGAUCUGCAGAAUCAAGAGAUGGAAAACAUCCAUAAAACCUUUGGGACGGCAAAGGAAACAAUGCACAGCUUACGCAAACUCAACACAACUCUGGAAAGUGGUGUUGCAGAAAAUACCAAGCUGAUGGAGCGCGUCAUGGAACUCUGCCGCGGUUAUUCAGGAGCAAAGAAAGACGUCAAUGAACAGAACCUGGAGGCCAUGAAGAAGAGCUCCAAAGAAAAGAAAAGCUCAUCCAGCAGCAGCUCAAAGGCUGAUGGGAGAUGAAUGUUUGGUUGAGGGGACAGGCGGGUUUGAUGGGUAAUAGGGUUAGGGUCGUAGGAUACUGAAGCAGUUAGUAAAGGUUAGGGUCGUAGGAUUUUGAAGUACUUAGUAAAGGUUAGGGUCAUAGGGUACUGAAGUACUUAGUAAAGGUUAGGGUCAUAGGGUACUGAAGUAGUUAGUAAAGUAGUAGUUUUAGCCGACCUUACGGUCAGACACGGGCUCUCUGUCUUGUCCAUUUUGGCUCCCAGACGCCCCGUUUCAGAACUUAAAAAAACGGGCAACACGCUAAAAGCGUGUUUGUGUGGGUUUUCCCUGAGCGCUUCAGUUCCCCCCACCUAGACAAAACUGUAGGUUAUGUCUUUAUCAAGAAAGGUAAAUUCAUAAUUUGUCAAUUAGUUUAAACCUAACAGCUUUAGUCUGCUGUAAAAUUUGGUCUUAGCUUAAAAAAACGGGCGACACGCUAAAAGCGUGUUUGUGUGGGUUUUCUCUGAGAGCUUCAGUUCCCCCCACCUA